AUGAUUCAUUGUCACGAGAUCGAGGCCAACGCCGAGUCACCUGUUGAAUGCGGGGAACUGUUUCCUGCCAUGCUGUGUUGUCUGGACCCACUUUGGGACCCGGCAACGCACCAACCACGAAAUUGCGGGCAUGAUGGUCAAGCUGCUCGACUGUGCUUCGCCCGACCGCAGGUGGCAUGUAACAAGAGCACCGGCCCGAUUGUGACUGCAGACGAGGCAGCUGCUUUCGCAAAGGGCGAGUACGAGUUUGAAACAGCCUUGGGCUUGAGCGUGUUCUUUGGCAUGCUGGGCUUGGAUCGAUUUUAUCUGGGCUAUCCUGCACUCGGCCUUCUCAAGCUCAUGACGCUGGGCUUUCUCUUCUUUGGCCAGUUGGUGGACGUGGUGCUGAUUGCGACGCAGACUGUGGGGCCUGCCGACGGCACGCCGUAUAAGAUGCGCUUUACUGGCCCACGCAUCACCAAGCUCUGGGCUAACAACGACACGUACUUUUUAUGA